AUGACGAUAGCACGAGAAGUAUUUAAAAUGUUAACGAAUCAAACCUCAUUUGGAUUUUACACUCGUACAAACUACAUAAAUAUACCAUCAUUUAUCAACUAUCCUGGCGGAGAAGAUUGUUUAAGAGAUCUUUCUGAAUUGAAGCGUUAUUCAAAUACUUCUACUGAAUUUUUUAUAAACUAUCUCGAAUUUGUCACAAUUUACGAUC